CCCACGGACACAAAUCGCAGCCAUUUUACUCCGCAAAUAAACUUCAGCCCCAAAGCCGGACGGGGGGAAAAACUACCCGCUCGACAGAUUUACCGGACAUCGGUGGAUUUCGCGAUGUGAGGACCGGCUCUAAUGGACUCUCGUUUCGAACCGUCGCAAUUCGGUUGAAAGGGAGACGUAACACAAAGAGAAGGUGAUCCAGCUUCUCUUGCUUGCCCUCCCCAACCCCCUCGUCUCCCGAGAAAGGAUGGAGGCCCAGGCUUCCCAGGGGCAGCUGGAAGCAGAGGGGGAUUGUGGGAUGCUGAAUCUACUGGUGCCCAGUCCUCAGAGCGAGGCGGUGACCCAGGACAUGGAGGAGCUGUCCCUGCAGCCCACGCUGCCCCCGCUCAGCGAGCGCAAGAACGUGCUGCAGUUGAGACUUCAGCAUCGGCGGACCCGCGAGCAGCUGGUGGAUCAGGGCAUCAUGCCGCCCCUCAAGAGCCCGGCAGCUUUCCACGGGCAGAUUCGCAGCCUGGAGAGAGCCAGGACCGAGAACUUCCUGAAGCACAAGAUCCGCAGUCGUCCAGAGAGAGCAGAGCUGGUCAGGAUGCACAUCCUGCAAGAGACGGGUGCAGAGCCCUCGCUUCAGGCCACGCAGAUGAGGCUGAAGAGGGCGAGACUGGCCGACGACCUGAACGAGAAGAUCGCCCAGAGGCCGGGCCCCAUGGAGCUGGUGGAGAAGAACAUCCUGCCCGUGGAUUCCAGCGUCAAACAGGCCAUCAUAGUGGGUCAGGUGAAUUAUCCCAAGGUUCUGGAUGAGGACAGCAACGACCCCUUGUCACCGGAGCAGCCGGCCAGCCAGGAGUCUCAGGGCUCCGCCCCCUCACCGGGGGAGAGCAAAAUGCCAGAAACGCCAUCUCCUGGACCGGCUUCCUUACCCAGCGCCAUGCUGCAGGCUUUUCCCACACCGGACUUCCCAAAAGCGGUUUCCUCCUUUGAAGCUGCCAGCCGCCCCGCCGCCCCUCCCGCCCAGCCGGCCACUCCAGCUGCCCCCCCAAAACCCGCCCCGACUCUGGUCAAACAGAGCCAGCAGAAGGCGCCAUCAGAGAAGAGUCGCAGCAAGAAGAACAAGGAGAGGUCAAAGGUGAAGCGGCUCAAGUAUCACCAGUACGUUCCUCCUGACCAGAAGCAGGAGGCCAGCGAGGCUCCCAUGGACUCCUCCUACGCCCGCCUGCUGCAGCAGCAGCAGCUCUUCCUGCAGCUGCAGAUCCUCAGCCAGCAGACGCAGCAGCACUACAACUACCAGACCAUCCUGCCCGCCCCGCUCAAGACGGUGGCCGAGCAGGCCAGCAGUCCCGGCACUCUGCCGACCUCCAUCGUGGUGUCUCUGCCAGCGGCGCCGCCUCCUCCACCCCCACCUCUGCCCUCCGCGUCGGCACGACCAAACAGCCGCAAGCCGGGAGUUCUUCCGGCCAAUCUGGAGGAGAUGAAGGUGGCCGAGUUGAAGCUGGAGCUGAAACUGCGCGGCCUGCCGGUGUCCGGAACAAAGAUGGAUCUCAUAGAAAGACUGAAGCCGUUCCAGGACACCUUCUGCGUCCCGGCUUCCUCCGCCGCCGCCGCUGCUCCGCCCACCUCCACCCUCUCCUCCGUCCCCAUGGAGGUCACCGCGACCGCAGGCCCCGCCAUCGUCUUCCAAGCGCAGCCGCUGGCUCCGGAGAGCAUGAGCUCCACGUCACCGGUGUCGCCCGCUCCCACCGACCCCUCUGUGGGGGUGUCUGAGGCAGGAUCUGAAAGCAAAAGGGGGUUGCAGCCCCUGCUGCCCCCCGCCGGCCACGGGGAGAAGGACAGACGGCUCCACGAGAAAGAGAGGCAGAUCGAGGAGCUGAUGAGGAAGCUGGAGCAGGAGCAGCGGCUGGUGGAGGAGCUGAAGAUGCAGCUAGAGGUGGAGAAGAGGGGUCAGGUCGUCUGCGCCACUGAGCCCCCCUCCUUGUCCCCUACGCUCAUUUCAGCGCCCCCCAGCGCCGGCGCUGCUGUCCACAACUCUGUAAAAAUGGAAGGUUCCCUCCGGGCCAACUGUUCGCCCAACGCUGCCCCCAUCCCCAGCUCGGUCCUCGGCUCUCAGCCCCUGACGGGCCCCCUGGCGGCCCCCCUGGCGGCCCCCCUGGCGGCCCCCCUGGCCUCAGUAGUGAAGCUGGAGGACGUGACGGUUUCUUCCAGCAACCUGCAGCUCCCCGCCCAAACGCAGCUCGUCAGCCACGUCCAGCCCGGCAUGAACACGAGCGGCCAGCGCCGCUCCCCCUCCCAGACAAGUCCCCAGCCCGCCAUGCCCAACCUGCAGCAGUUCUUCAUCAGCCACCAUGGGGGGGUCUCCCAGGUCCUGGGCCAGCCUCAGACUCUGCUGACCACCGCGGGCCAGGCCGGAACCCAGAUCCUGCUGCCGGUGACGCUGCCCAGCAACGCCGCUGCCAUCCAGCUGCCAAACGCCAGCCUGCAGCCCGUCCUGCAGGCCGCAGUCUCCAACCCGGGCCUGGUCCAGGCUUCAGUCCCUCAGCUGCAGCCCACCAAGGUGGAGAUGGCGUCCGGCCAGCCGUCUCUGCUGCAGACUCUGACCGUGUGCGGGUCCCCGGCCCGAUCCGAGCUGAGCCCGCAGUGUUUCCUCCGGAGCUCCCCAGACGACAGAGUCUCUCCACAGGCCUCCCCCAACCACCUGCUGACCAACGGGCCCCUCGCCAAGCCUUCAUCCCCUCAGCCCGCCUUCCUCCUCCAGCCCUCCGCCCUGGCUGCUCCUCCAAAGACUCGGGAGCCUCCGCGCUACGAGGAGGCCAUCAAACAGAGCCGCAACAACCUGCACAUCAACAACGUCUCCCAGGUUUCCAUGGCUACCAGCCAACACAUGGACGACCUGUUUGACAUCCUGAUAGAGAGCGGAGAAAUCAUUCCCUUCAUGCAACAGGAGCAUCCGGCGCCUCUCAACAAGACUCAUCCCGCCGUCACCGCCAGCGUGACCACCCUCCCCGUCAACACCGUCCUGUCGAGGCCCCCUCCACAGAUCCAGAUGGCCCCCCCUCCGACUCUGAGCUCCGUCAACCCCAGCCUGCCCCCUCUCUCCUCUUUAGCCACGGACAAUCAGCUGGAGGCCUUCCUGGCCGGCACGCCGCCGGCGUCGGACCCGCGCACUCAGGGCCUGAUGGAGGAGCUGCAGGCGCAGCUGAUGGAGCAGCAGCCGUACUCGCCCAUGGACACGUCCGACCUGUCCUUCUGCGGCGACUCCUCGCCCCCAUCCUCGUUCAACAUGGGUCUGUCCGACCCGGCCCUCGACAACAUGGAGUGGCUGGACCUCACCAUGCCGCCCGGACCCGGCGGGUCGCUCACGCCGCUCGGGAUCCCCGCGGACUUCUUAGACUCGCACGACCUGCACUGGGACUGACAAAUGAUGUGGGCGCCAUGACUCGUCGUCAUCACAACUUCACUGUUUAUCAACGAAGCCAAGGAGGCGGAGCCUAAAGCAGACUGGCUUUGUAAAUACAUUUGGCUGCAGAACUUGUCAGAACAGAAGACGGUCGGUUCCCCUGAUCUCCGCGGCGCCUUGCUGCUCUCCACCUAGAGGUCCCUCCCAUCCGGUCAGCGCUCAGCCUCCGUGCACGCCGUUCCGGUGGACUCCACGCCAUCCUCUCCGUUAAGGUUUGGUUUGAGGGAGCGCGCAGGCUGCUGCAUCCGUGGAAGAGCUAUGCACUAAAGAGGCGCCGGAGCCUCAGAACAACAAGCAAAUGUGAGCACUGCGUUACCAUGGCGAUGGUUUCCAUCACUGGUGUUCUGGAGAACCCGCAGUUGUCCAAGUAAGUCUCCUAUUUGAAUGUAUUUGAACAAAACAACAAUCAGACUUUUGCUAGAAACUUUGGCAGCUGUCUUUUUCUUUUUCUUUCUGUGGAUCAGAUAAGUGAUCUAAGCCAGAGGAAGUCUAUCCAAAAGUAAAGAUGUGAGCUUUAUCCCUGCACUUUUUCCUCGGAACAUGGACAAAGAAUUCCCGACCGUUGGGAGGAGCUAGCAUGUCGUCGUGUGCGUAGUCCGUCUCCCGUCUGUUGCAUGUUACACGCGUCUCCCUGCAUGAUGGCGUUCGUGUCUACGAUCAGAAAAAAGCCAGAAUCCGAUCAUUUCCCGCUGUGGAGCUCGUGACGUUUCCGAAGACUGUUUUUCUCGUGUUGCACAGAACCGACUUUUUUAGGCGGCUUUGCUUGGGCGGGUUUCUUUUUUUUUUUUUUUUUUUUUUUUAAGUCCACUUCCUGUUCCGUUCUCUCAAAGGUUUUUUUCUCUAAACACCCACUCCAAUGAAAAUGCUGUUUUCAACACAUUUGACUCACAUUUAAGCCAAAUGAAGCAUUUCUGAGUAUUUCUUUAUUGAAAUUAUUGUGAAUCAGGAGCAGAAAAAAAAAAA